CACUACAGGAAAAAUGGUGUAUAGCAACGUUUUUUUUGUGGCGUUUAGGAAAACGCCACUAUAAAUUCACGAAACACAACGUUUUCAAAAAACGUUGUGUCUGACCUCAGUGAAACGGUGCCGUAUUGGGUCAAUGUAUUCACCGUCAAAACUCCGUCUCUUUGAAUUCAGUCUCUCUUUCUCAGUCUACCACAACUCAGUUUCCCUCUCUUCCAAAACCCUCGAUUUGAAGCUCUCACUCUCUCUCGCUUGCUCACUCAAUUUCUUAUUCUCAACCCUCGAUUUGCUCGAUUGCAGAUCCAAAACCCUCGAUGGUUUGCGCUUCUUCGAUCUCUGUCGCUCGCAAUCGAACUCUCUAGCUAUUCUUCAUCGAUCUCUGUCACUCAAGGGCUUUGCUCUAGCUGUUCUUCAUCGAACUCGAACUCGAUCUGUUCUUCAUCAAAUCGAUCCAUUCUGUUCUUCAUCAAAUCGAUCUGUUCUUCAUCAAAUCGCAGAUCCAAAAUCCAAAAUCGAUCUGGCGUUCGUUGAUAGUGGUGCUCAGUCAACAAUCAUAUCUAAAAGCUGCGCUGAGCGCUGUGGAUUGUUGAGGCUUAUGGAUCAACGUUAUAAGGGCAUUGCUCAUGGGGUUGGUCAAUCGGAGAUAUUAGGUCGGAUUCAUGUUGCUCCAAUCAAGGUAAUGUCCAUACCAGUUUUCUAGGGAAGUUGCUUUGUCGCCUUUGAUUUUCUGAUCAG